UAAUACAUAGGCUUGCAACAACAACCGUGACAAACAAACGCGAGAAUUUUUGGAUCAACAACUACCAGCCGCCGGUGCAAACCCUCUAUGUUUCCGGCGACAAGGGAGCUAAGUCGGUGCACAGCGAGUGGAGCGACGGACGUGACCAGGUCCAUCAUGUCGUCGUUCGCCGGUGUAUCUAUAUUGGAGGACGGCAAGUUGUGCCCUUCCACCACGACCUUCGUCGAGACCCGCUCCGAAUGCGGGUACCACCUGCUUGUGGUCCAAGGUUACUCGCGUACCAAAAAGGAGACACCCACUGGCCAGAGCAUCGAGUCUCGUGGUUUCGGGGUAGGAGGCCGUCGUUGGUCCAUCAAGUAUUAUCCCAACGGCGAGAACUCGAGUUGCUCGGACUUUGUUUCUCUCUAUGUAUCCCGCCUCGACGGCAGUGACAGGAAACAUGUGGAUGCCAGGUUCGCUUUCAGUUUCGUCGACCAAGUUGAGAAGCAGAACCCAGUAUACAUUCACGAAAGCGAAAGCGAAACACGCAGAUCCCUCUUCAAUGGUUCUUAUUGGGGCUGCGGUACGUUUAUGAGAAGAGACGCCCUUGAACGAUCAGUAUAUCUAGGGGAGGAUGAUUGUUUCACCAUUCGGUGUGACAUCAUGGUCUGCAAUCCCCAGGAUGCCAGCGGCCAUGGAGCCGAGGUGCUCCUACCUAACAUGCACCACCAUUUCAACAAUCUCCUUCACAACAAGGUGGGCACUGAUGUGAAGUUUGAGGUUGACGGCGAGACAUUCGACGCACAUCGGUGUGUGCUUGCAGCCCGAUCUAAAGUCUUCAUGGCGCAACUCUUUGGCCAAAUGCAAGAGGGCACUGUUAUCCCUGCUGUUAUACAGAUUGAAGACAUGGAAGCAAAAGUUUUCAAGGCCUUGCUUAGCUUUAUCUACACAGACUCAUUCCCUAUGAUGGAGUAUGACGACAUGGAUGAGGAUGAAAUGUCACAACUUAUGGAAGAAGGACAAGAAACGGAAGCAAUAGAAGAUGGAAUGUUGCUGCAAUGGCUCCGAGACUUGUUUGUAGCGGCUGACAAAUAUGACGUCCAAUGCCUCAAAUGCAUUUGUGUGAGGCAGUUGUCCAAACACAUGGGUGUGCUCUCGGUGAUGUCCACUCUUGCUCUAGCCGAGCAACACCACUGCCAGGAAUUGAAGGAGGUGUGCUUGAAGUUUAUCCAAGUCCAGUCUCCGAUGUGCUUGCAAGCAAUAAUGACAACUAAUGGUUGGGAUCAUGUAUACACGACCUACCCCUCCAUUUUGAAGGAGCUCAUUGCCAAGCUUGCUUCGAACCAGCGGAAGUAACACUCCUAUGCUACCCAUGUUCCUUAAUUAGUUGAGCAAUUUCAAAGUGACACUCCUAUGCAUGUAUGUGACCCUCUA